UUAAAAAGCAAAAUAACAAAAAAGCCAAAAAUCAGAGCAACUUCAACUAAAACCAAAACAACUAGAAAACCAAAAAACACCUACUUGGACAUUGCCCAAAUUCAAUUUGUUGAUGUUAUUCCAACAAUGAAGAUUAGAAUGGUUCAUGUUGAAAACUCUGAAUUUUCUUGUGCAAAUAAAUCCGCUAUAUUGUGGAAUUGUGAUCAAUCACCUCCUCUAGAAGAAUCUGAAGCUCAACGAAAAUUUAAAAAAUUUUCUCUUUCUGUCGAUUUAAGCAAGCUUUUGGAGGUUUAUGGUCGCGCAACAGAAUGGAGUCAAUGCAAUAAAUGUGGAAGUACUCGUUUUGGAGAAACUAGACGUACUGUGCAAUGUUAUAUAAGGAGGAAACCAAUUACUCAAGUUCCUGAUUUUUCUAAUUAUACCAAAAAAGAACUAGAUGUUUUUAUUUUGUUUGGUGAACUUCCAUGUUUGAGUUCUUUAGUUCCUUCAAAAGUUUUUAAUGCAAUAAAAAAUUUGGAUCUGACAAUUGUUGAAGAAUAUACAGAAUGCAGAAUUUCUUGUAAAGACUCGGGAAUAAAUAACAAGGUGGCUAGAAAUGUAACUUUAGAAGAAGAGGGAAAAAUUGAAGUUGUUGAUGUACUUGAACCUGGAGAAUUUACUACAGAUGAAAGAUUGCCUCCUUUGGCACCGCCAAUUAUUCGACGAACAAUUUUUGCAACAGAAAGUCAAAUACUUUUACUUGAUUGUUCCAACCAAGAUGGACAUUCUUUAAUUUGGCGCAAAAAUUUGGAAGAAUUAAACAACAGCCACAUUUUUGCUACCAACGAAACAAAACGUGUGCAGCUAACAUCUCAUGGCGAAUUAAUUAUUCAUAACAUUAUGGCUAAAGAUGGUGGAUAUUACUCGUUGGUUUUUAAUAUUUAA